UGCAAAGGCAUAUAAUCUGUUGUUCCUGAGUGUUGGGUCACUCUCUGUAACGCAGAAAUUGGCGCAAUGACUUCUUCUGGCGUGCGCACGGAGCUCAGGAGUGGCCCAUUGUAUUUCUUUGACCAGCCUGCAAGACAAGUGAAAUGGACAAGAAGCAAUAUUUUGCUGUUUAAUGUUUUGAAAAGAAAGCCACAGUUGGAAGACACAUUUCAAAGCAGUCAGGAAGAGGAUGUAAAACAGGGUGAAAGUGAAGAUCUCUCGGUCGAAGGUAAACCCCGUCCCUCAUCUGCCGUCGGCGAAACCCUGAACCCUCAAGGCCCUGAUCUGCUGGACACGUACAAACAAGCAGCCCCUCAGAUAUUAAACCAGUUGGCUCAUUUACUUUCACAACAUGACUGGCCUGAGACGAGGUGCAUCCCGCGCGGGAUGGUAAAUAUCUUGAGUUACUCCUGGCAUGAGCUGACUGCAGGGGCAGGACUCGCACACGGUCUGGAACCGGUCGAGAACCCAGUCCAGCUUAAAGCCUCCCGGAAGUCGGACCGAACGUGGUGUCAGGAGGACCCUGCAGGAGCCGGGGAGGAAGCCAGAGAGGGGAGCUCCUGUGCUGAGGGAAAUGUUUCCUCACAAAGAAGAACACUGGAACCAAGCCAACGCGUGAAAAAGAGAAAAAAGAAAUUCAUUAGAGCUCCCAGCUCUACUCCGGCACGUUUCUCCUUGUCGUCCAGCGUCUGUCAGGGUUCGGGCUGGAUCAUUCGGCCACAGCAGCCGUUCUGUGAUGAGCCUCAGAGGAUGAGUGUGUGCCAGUCGGUGGUGGAGCGACUGCAGGCGGCGAGGAGUCCCGGGAAGCUGCAAACAGCUGAGCAGGACCGGAACACACCGCUCAUCCUUCGUCACUAUGGCGACUCGAAGGCCAAACUGAAGGAGCGGCGCAGGGAGGCCCGGCCGGCCACGCCAGUCAACGGGAUGCCGCAGAUACCGGAGGUGAAGCAGCUGAGUCCAGGCCUGCAGAAGCUGCACUACAGGACCGGCAACGGCUCCUCCUUCAUUUACUACCCGUCCGGCUGCGUGGCGGUGUGCCAGAGCCGCUCGGGUCUGCCCCGUGGGGGCUUCUACACCAACGUGUUCACCGACGGCCAGCGUCCCGGCGUCCUGGCCUCAGUCACAGCGUCUGGACACGGAUCCGUUUCUCACCCUCUCAGCUCUGCCAUAGCAGCAGUGUGGAGUCCAGACGGUGGAUUCAUGUUUGAUCUCUGUGGAAAUGUAACAAAGGAGUGGAGCUGGCAGACGAAUCGCGCGCCGAAAGACAAGAUUGUUGUACAGUUGACAGAUGGGAUCUCUGUGAAGCUGCUCAGCGGCGUGUCUGCCAUGCUCACCUUCAGAUGUGACGGGGAGUCAGUUCAGCUUCCUCUCCACUUCCUGUCCGCCUCCAGCCAGCCAAAGGAAGCGGUGUGUGAACAAACGAAUAGCUUUAUGAACAGUUAUGAUAUCAGUUUUCGGUAUCGCCUUUAAAUUCCUCCAGUCUUGUUUACAGAGAGAGGAGAGGUCAUCCUCUGGUGCCGGUCCAGAUCCGGUACUGUUGAAGAAAAAACGGCGUCCCUCUGGAGCAGCAGAGACCACAUGGAGCCCGUCACUGACAUCUGCGCCUGUGCAGCGGGAGCUGAGGAGGCUGCAGCAGAGAGUGCGGCGCAUCCUGGACGACUGGCUGGACUGUUACCGCCUGGCCGUUGGUAUCAGGUGUCCUGACGUGGAGCGGAUGCCAGAUGCCCCACGGAGGACCAGGCUGAGGAGGGAGGUACGGUCGGCCGCUCUGCCCUCGCUGAACCCGCCCGAGCGGGUAGACGGCGGACCAUUUCUGCCUGGAAAGGACGGGGAUGAGUUUCAGCAGAGACACCUGUCAGCACCUGCGGGAAGACGUCCAGAACUCUCCGUGAAGCUGCCGAGGACUCUCAACAUCAGAGCCAAGAGGGAAGGCCGUGCCUCACUGCUCGGGCCUCUUCAGAUCCACUCCACCAAACUGCAGGCCGUGAAGCUCCCAGCCAGUCCAGAGCCGCAGGACCGCGUUCCCACCCGGGGUCCAGCGUUGGCGCCGGCCGUGCGCUCCGUCCCCGUCACGGCGUGCCCCUCUCUGCUGAGGGCAGCGUUCCGGGGGGAGCGCAGGACAAGCAGGUGCCGCUGCAGCGCCGCGAUCAUGCCGUCGGUGACGGACCUGGAGUACGACGCCUUCGUCUCGGGCCAGCCGCCACACAGUCAACAGAUGCUGGUGGUGUGUGUGACUGCGCCGCGCCGGCCCGACGACGUGCACGCCGUGCCGAGCCGGGACCCCCUGGAGGAGCUUUACAGGAGGAGGAACCGACACAGAACCAGGCCGUGUUCUCAGUGCCAGAUGGAUUCCUUCCGCCUGCUGCGGUACGAGACGUGGACAGGGCAGCCCUGCUGCGAGGCGGAGAACGUCCUGCUGCAGCAGCGGCACAACGCCGCUCCCGGCAUGAUCCUGAUGUACAUCAGAGGGAAGCUGCUGUUUGUGGGUUACACAACCAGCUGCUCAGCCCGAGAUCUGAAGAAGCAGAUCUGCAAAACCAGAGGGAACUACAGGUCAGGCCAGAGUCUCCCUUCAGACUACAAGUUCAGCGAUGGCCUGAAUUCCCCGGAAACCAAAGAAUUGCACAACUUGUCAACGCUGACAAGAGGAGAUGAGAUCAGUGUGACAGCUUCAGAAGACAAGGAAACGAUGGCUGAAAAGAAGAGUAAACAUGCCCCGGAUGCGUCGCUCCGCUGACAGCGAGGCGCUCCCUCACCUGCCUCUCCUCACGCUGUUGUUGUCGCGCACCGACUGUGAUGCGGUGAAACAAUUAGUGAAACGCCUCUCCAGUGCAUCUCCUGCGGUUUACUGCUCAGAUUAACCUGCUAUCAAGCGGCAAGAGCCUCAUUUGCUUGCCUCCAGGUUGGCGCCGCCGAGACGUCGACACUCCAACUUUGAUGCAGUUUCACUUUGAGCUCUUUAUUUCAGGAGGAAGGUAACAGUUCCUAG